UUCCUAUCUUUGACACUAGAUCUGGCUAGUUAACAUGUCUGGAAUGCAAGAGCACCUAUCUCAGGGCUGGGGGGCUGAGGGCGUACUUGGAUUCCCAGGUUGGAAGAUUAUCUCACUCUGAAGAAGUUUUUGCAGAGAUAUAUAAGCUAAGCGAGAUUGGCGUAUUUUAGCAAAGUAGCUUUGGAUAGCAGUGGGAGGAGGCAUCUUCCUUGGAAGGAGUACCAAACAGUGUUAACACUUCUUGAUAAGCCAGCUGGAACCAUGAUGAUGCUGAGAGUGGAAGAGCUGGUGACUGGCAAAAAGAGUGAUGGCAGAGAGACAGGUGAUUUUCUCCCAGAGGACUUCAAACAUGGAGAAUACGAAGCUACUGUGAGGUUAGAAAAACAUGAGGAUCUGAAGACGGUGAAUGUUCACCUGCUCCCACGGCAUAAUUUGACCUACACAGAGGAGAAAAAGCUACAAGCCGAGCUCAAGAAAAAGAAACUAGAGGAGAGACCAAAACUUGAAAGCUUGGAAGAUCUUCAAAAAAUUAUCCAGUUGAAAAAAAGGAAAAAAAUUAAGAGAGUCAAAGUUCCUGUUGUAAAGAAGCCUGAGCAAGAAGUUAUAACAGAACCUGUGGAUGUCCCCAUGUUUUUCAAGGCUGCCUUGGAGAACAAGAUGCCAGUUAUUGAAAAAUAUUUAGCAGACAAAGGGGAUCCAAAUGUUUGUGAUGAGUAUAAACGAACAGCUUUGCACAGAGCAUGCUCAGAAGGACACCUGGCAGUUGUGGAAAAGUUAGUCGAAGCUGGAGCACAACUUGAACUCCAAGAUAUGCUUGAAUCAACAGCUAUUCAUUGGACAUGCCGGGGUGGCAAUGUGGAAGUCCUGAAGUACUUGCUAAACAAAGGAAUCAACAGGAAUGCAAGAGAUAAGUUGCUCAGCACACCUUUGCAUGUGGCAGUAAGGACAGGACAAUAUGAAUGUGGGGAACACCUCAUUGCUUGUGAAGCAGACCUCAAUGCCAAAGACAGAGAGGGCGAUACUCCCAUGCAUGACGCAGUGAGGCUGAAUCGUUAUAAAAUGAUUCGACUUCUGAUACUGUAUGGAGCCAACCUAAACAUAACGAAUACCGAAGGGAAGACGCCAAUGGAUCUUGUUCUGCAAUGGCAAAAUGGCACCAAAGAAAUAUUCAACAGCCUGAAGGAGAACUCCUACAAGAGCAACCCCAUUGACAAGUUCUGAAAAGCAAGUGUCACCGGACUGACAGUUGUCUUACAAAACGUGUCAUUAUCUGCGUGAAGAGCAGUACCAAAACAAUCCCAAUCUUCACUGGAAAAAGAAAGGUUUUCUUUUGCUGCCUUUGUUAAAAGACAUGUGGGUCAGGGGCAAGGAUGAAAUAUUUCAAAGGCACAGCUUGACUGUUAGGCUUCCAAUGGUUUUAAGUUGUUUUAUUUAUUCCUAUUUAUAUUUUCUAUUCCACAUUUCCCGUUCUCUUGAAUGGUAUUCUUUGGCUUUUAUUCUUUGCUGAUCUUUUCAAUAAGUCAUGUUGGUCUAUAGAGAGAGCCUGAGUUACGGAAAUGGUAAUGAGAAAGAGCGAGGAGCAUUAAAAGCUCCUUUUUUGAAAUAGAAGACAACAGCUUUUCAGAAAAUAUUAGCAGCUUCCUGUCAAGCUCUUUUUUCAACAGGGAAUUUGUCACCCUAUAUCCAGUUUCUGCCUAAUUCUCACUGUCAAGAGCAAGCUGUUAAAAGCAAAGGUUGAAGAAUGGUGGAAAGGAGAAGGGAAAGUGGUGUUAAAAAGGGAAGACUGCUACUGAAUCUCACUAGUAGUGGCUGAAUUCUGAACUGAAUGUGGUGUAACAUGUUUGAACAGUCCAAAAAAGGAAAAUUCUGUAGAUUCAGAGGAAAAUAAUCUAAAAUGAUGCACCAGAAAGAAA